AUUUUAUGGUUAAAGUACUUAAGUACCUAUACGAGUAUAAAAUCGUAAAAUCUUUACCUAGCAUUUCUUCUACAAAAUAUUAAAAUAAAUAUUGUUAUGAUAAUUUUCAAUAAUGUCAAUCAUGAAAAAUAUCAGUGAAACAUGAUGUAAGUCUGCCUAAUAAUUGAAUAUAUUUAUUUACCAUCGUAUGCGUUCUACCUUUGUGAGCAUGGUUGAAUUUUUCAAAAAGUGUGACAUUCAAACUGCUGACGUCCCACUGUGAUUUAUGACUCAUUACAUAGGUAGAUAGAUAUUCGGUUAGUCUAAAUUCGCUAGUAUGAAUAAAAUUCCUGAAGCUACGUUAUUUAAAAAUAUAUGCUUUUUAUUUCAACUACAGUAAUAUACAGUACACACACAUUUUUGCUUGGAUGCUUGAAUUAAGCAAAGUAGAUAUUCCUAGAUUUUUUUUCGUUCAAGAUUCUCGAUUUACACCUUUUUAAUCAAGAAAAUUCGGUUACAAAUAUGCACGUUUCGAAUUACUUAAUAUUCUGUGCUCUGAUGUUUGGCUCGAUGAAGUUUUCAUUCGCGUUUGAAACAAAAUUGCCAAGUAAAUAAUACCUACAUUUUUUUCCUUCUGAAUUAACUGCAGGAUACUUAAAUUUAAAAGAAUAAUGGAUGAAUAAUAAAUGAAAAUUAUUGAUACGAGAAAUCUUUGAGUUUUCACACCGCCUCAACAGAAAAAUGGAUGUUGAAGCAAACUGGGAAAUCAGUUGAAGUAAUAUCCCCUUCAACCACAAAUGGUACUGUAACUGGAGGUGUCUUUGGUGAUGAUUUGUAUAAAUUCUACAAAUUUCUAUUUAAUUUUCAGAUUUGUGGAAACAAUGUCACCUUCGAGAUACGGGAUUUCUUUUAUAAUACGCUUUAUAAUUCCUUUGAGAAUUCUUUGAAUUAUGAAAAUGGCAUCAUCCAAGUGUUUAUCAAUGUCGACGUCAGUGGAAAGAAAAAUAAUCCGCUGUUCAAUAAAUUUAUGCCAGCUUUGAAAAAAGUUAAAGAACCAGGAGAUAGUAUACAAGUUGACAGCGAAAAAUCUUUUGCAUGGUUCAAGAAUUUCCCUACAGGAGCAGUGUAUACAUUUUUUAGAAGUUCAUUAUUUAAUGUAGAUGACGGAAAAACAUACUCUUGUGCGACAACCGUCGAUUUACCAAAGGAAAAAAAACUAAAUUACAUGUCACGUGAGCAGUUCGACGAAACAUUUGGAGAGAUGGUUGAUGAGAAUGGAAAAAAGCUGAAUAAUCUGAUACCACCUAAAGAUGAACCAACAUCGAGUGUGAAACAAGCAAAAGGGAUCAAAGUUACCAGCAUCUGAUGUAUAAAUUAAAUACCAAUCAAGUGAAGAUACUACCUACCUAUUGUACACCUACUUUAUGUACCUAGGUUUUAUAAGAGAUAAGACUUGAUACGAGUAAAUUUUCUAUGACUAUUA